UGUGGGCAAGAACCAGGCCGACAGAGGUGGAGCUCCAGUCUUGGGAAAAUGGACACUGAAAUGGAAGAGGAGAAGGAGCGCGAUGGCGAGGAGGGCCCACCCCCAGAGGGGCCUGAGGAAGAAGACGGGGCAGAGGCCUUCUCCUUCAAGUACAGCCCGGGGAAGCUGCGGGGGAACCAGUACAAGAAGAUGAUGACCAAAGAGGAGCUGGAGGAGGAACAGAGAGUUCAGAAAGAGCAGCUGGAGGCCAUCUUCAAGCUCAUGAAGGACAACAAGGAGACCUUCGGCGAGAUGUCCGAUGGAGACGUGCAGGAGCAGCUCAGGCUCUACGACAUGGAUCAGGACUGGAGUUUAGAGGAGACAGUCUCUGAGUCCUCCAGCUUCUGCCUGCUGGUGAGGCUCCCGCCGUUACACACAGGUGAACCUCUGAGACCGUCUCCUGAUCCAAAUUAAGCCUUCUGUGCAGACGCAGGGCAGGCAGCAGCCCCGGGGGCUGGUUUGGGGGCUCAGUGCCCCCCGGCACAGGGUGUGGAAGGGAUCCACGCUGCUGAGGGCAAGUGGACCAUCAGGUCCUGCGGCCUGCGUGUCCAGUCUAAUGACGGUACUCUCUCUUUCUGCCUUAGGAGGAUUUCUGGAAGCUUCCAUAACUCUGUGGAAGCAAGCAGUCAGGGAGCAUUCUUUUAGCAAAAAGUCUGAUUCAAUCUCCCCUUCAUCCUGGAACAAAAUGACUGUAUCAGAGUUAAGCCCCUCUAAGAGCUCCUUUGAUUCGCGCAUGAGAAUUACUUCACACAUAAUCGAGUGAAACUUAUUUGAGUGCUUAUAAUGUACCUAGAACUAAGCUAGACACUACAGACAGGAGAAAUAAAAUAUGCGACAUGGUGCCUACCUUUAGGGAGAUUAAAGUUGUCUGGAGAAUAACCUUGCCGGGCAGCAUUCAAUAAAAUGCCAAAAUGACCUCACCGAACAGUGUCUGGGACACCUCAUGAGAUCAAUAAAUUCCCGCGAGUCAGUGAACGCACGACGAUGGAAAUAACAAUGGUUCUUCAUGCUGCCCAGGGCUUGUUUCUGAUCACCCCAUCGGCAUGAAAAUGCACAGCCCGCAGAGUUAGGGAGCAUAUGCUAAAGGGAGAACCUAUGAAGUGCUUAUAUUUUUUAUUUGCUGAAAUAAAACUAAACCAAUGCACUGAA